CACUGAUUCCCUUUCAACUCUUUAGUCUUUGCCUUCAUAGGUACCAAUCGUUCUUUUGUGAGUUCGUCGUCAAAAUAAAGAGGGCAAAAAUUUUAUAUUUCAUAGAAAUUUAAGUCCAAACUAAGCAAAUACAAAAUGGCAGAAGCAGAUGUGGUGGAUUUGGAUUUAACUAUUGAUGAUUUAGUGCCAAAAAGCCCUGAAAGCCUGGCUGAGGAGAAAAAAGAAAGUGGGAAUAAUCUAUACAAAUUUAAAAAUUAUAAAGGUGCCCUGACUUUGUACGAUGAAGCCAUUAAACUUUGUCCUGAGAAUGCAGCAUACUAUGGAAACAGAUCUGCAUGUUACAUGAUGCUUGGAAUGUACAAGAAAGCAUUAGAAGAUGCACAGAAAUCUGUUUCAUUAGACUCCACAUACACAAAAGGAUACAUUCGUAUAGCAAAAUGCUGUUUAGCAUUAGGUGACCUAUGUGGAGGCGAGCAGGCGGUACGUCGCGCGUGCGAGCUGGGCGGCCCCGAGUGUGCCAGCAGUGAGAAGCGUGCGCUGGAGUCGCUGCGCCGUCUGCACGAGGACGCGCAGCGCGCCAUGGAGGCUGGCGACUGCCGCCGCGUCGUGUUCUGCAUGGACCGCUGCUUGGAUUAUAGCCCCUGUUGCCCUAAGGCGAAGGUUACAAAAGCCGAAUAUUUAGCGAUGCUUGGGCGCUGCCAGGAAGCCCAAGAGAUUGCAAAUGAUAUAUUACGAUUUGACAGUUUUGAUACUGAAGCUAUUUAUGUUCGAGGGCUUUGCUUAUAUUUCGAGGAUAAAGACGAACAAGCAUUCAAGCAUUUCCAGCAAGUUUUACGUUUAAAUCCUGAUCAUAAGAAGGCUAUGGAAACAUAUAAAAGAGCAAAACUGCUGAAACAAAAGAAAGAAGAAGGAAAUGAAGCUUUCAAUAUGGGACGAUGGCAGCAAGCUUUAAAUCUCUACAACGAAGCAUUGGCCAUUGAUAAGAAUAACAAAACCGUAAAUGCAAAACUCUAUUUUAAUAAAGCUACUGUGUGCUCAAAAUUAAGUCAAACUAAAGAGGCUGCAGAGGCCUGCACAGCUGCUUUAGAACUUGAUGAAAACUACGUCAAGGCCCUUCUCAGGCGAGCCAAAUGCUACACAGAACUUGGUGAAUUCGAGGAUGCCGUCAAAGAUUACGAAAGAUUAUACAAAAUUGAUAAAAGCAAAGAAAAUAAACAAUUACUCCAUGAGGCUAAAUUAGCUCAUAAGAAAUCCAAACGCAAAGACUAUUAUAAGAUUCUUGGUGUCGAUAAAACUGCGUCUGACGAUGACAUCAAGAAGGCUUACAGGAAGCGCGCGCUGGUGCACCACCCGGACCGGCACGCGGGCGCCUCCGACAACGAGCGGCGCGAGCAGGAGCGCCGCUUCAAGGAGGUGGGCGAGGCCUACGGCGUGCUCAGCGACCCCAAGAAGCGCGCCAGGUACGACCACGGACACGAUCUCGAUGACGACGGCUCCGGCAUGGCAGAUAUCGACCCUAAUGUUGUUUUCCAAACAUUUUUCAACCGCGGUGGACAGCAUUUUAAUUUCCACUCUGGGGGAGGUGGUUUCCCUGGCACCGCUUUUAGUUUUAAUUUUAGUUAAAACUUUGAAUAUUUCUUAAAAAAAUCGAAAACAUUCGCUGUAACGUAUUAUGCAAAAUUAACGUACACAGUCGUGUAAAAUUAGUAUAAACAAUCCGUAGAAAAUAUUCGUCAUUCCAUGACCGCAGUCAUUUAUUGCGAAAAAAGAAAACAAAAAAUUUUCAUUUUGUUUUUGUAUGGUAAUAUUACACAAGGACUCAGGAUUACUAAAUGGAUGUUUAUUUAAUGAAAAUAAACUCACAAAAUAUGGAUGUAACAAUAAAGCUUUAUAAAAACUAACUUAGUAGUAAUUAUACCUAAUGUUGACUGAUUUGAUUUAAGUAACCUUUUUUUUGUUAUUACCUUCUUUAGAGGAUGGUAAUUUACCAAACGUACCAUUACCCUUGCCUAAGAGAAUAUUCUACAGACUUUUCAAUCAUAAAUUUACAAAUUGUUAUAUAAGUACAAAAUUAAGGUAACGUCACAUCUUAUUGUUAGCUACAGACUUGCUGGCGAUACUGGCCCCUCAUGGUGGAAAUCCAUAUUGAACGCGACCAUUUUGAAUACAAUUCGAAACUGAAUAUGAGGACUUUUGGCAAAUGACAUGUAAUUAGUAUUAAGUUUGUGUGCAUUGAAAAUGUUUUGAUUCCAAUAUAUUCCGAAAUCGACUUAGUAGAUAGGUAGACAAUAUUUGAUCUCUAAUUUUUUUUGAAAUGGUUACCCAAACAGUCUUUAUAUGUCUUUACCAAUAUCUAAUAACUUUAACAUAUUUUACAUAACAGCAUUAAAAUUGUAUUAAGUUUUACCCUACCCAAAAAAGUUUUGUAACUAAUUAUUGUAAAAUGUAAUGAAAAUCAAAACCAAAAUUAAAACGUAGAAGCCAACCAAAUGGACACAGUAGAUUAACGUUCAAUACAAUUAAUAUUAAUAUGGCAUAAUAUAAAUCCCUAAUAAUCA